AUGAACCCAGAGGAUGUGCCUAAUAACUUAUGGCUUCAGGUAAGUCAAAAACCCUUCCGCUGCUUCAGGGCUAGUCGUGUGUCCGCAAGAUCUGUGCCGUCUACUCGUAAAAAGACGGUCGAUGACCUGAAUCGCCGCUUUACCUUUCCCACCAACCACUUCGAUUUUGUCCAUUCCAGACUCCUUGCGACCGGCCUGAACCGAUCCCGAUGGCCAUCCUAUCUCCGCGACGUAGUCAGGGUCUUGAAACCAGGAGGCUGGGCUCAGAUGGUUGAAAUAUACUUCAAUGUGCAGUCUGACAAUGGUUCAAUCACUGAUGAGCAUGCUUUGAGAAAAUGGAGCACCAAAUAUCUCAGCGCCCUGGAGGACAAGAAAGAUCUUCGAAUUGGGUCGAAAUUGAGAACCCUCAUGGCGGACGCCGGCUUUGUCGAGGUGGACACGAAGAUGAUUCCUCUUCCUCUCUCUGCGUGGUCGACUGGUUGGUUUUUCAAAGAUCUCUGGGAGAUCACUGUGACUAACUCACUCAUCUCAGAUCUAAGGAUGAAGGGCAUUGGUGAAUCCAAUCACGAAAACGCCCAGCAACUUCUUCAGUCACUAGCACUGUACCCUUUGACCCAGCGGCUGCACAUGCCACCCGAAGUGUUCACCUCGUUGGUAGCCCAAGCACAACGAGAGGCUGCAGACCCAACAUUGAAGGCAUACUUCCCACUGUAA